AUGCAGGUGGUCACCAAGAUGCAGCUUGUCUCUGUGCUGGGGCUGUCUUUCUGGUUGCUUUUUAUUAAGGAUGUGGGGGCAGCAACCUUUAAGCUUGCCCUUGUUGGCCCAUGGUCGUGUGACCCGCUGUUCUCCAGAGCAAUGCCGAUCGCUGCAGCUAACCUGGCAUUGUCACGACUAAGAGGCGACAGCUACCUGAAGAGAGGAUACUGGUACGAUGUAAAACUUCUCAACGAGGAUUGCUCUGUUUCCAGAGCCUUGACCGAGCUGGGGGAGAUGGAGGGUUAUGGCCAUGCCUAUAUUGGACCUUUUAAUCCCACCCUCUGCCAUGCAGCAUCCUUAUUCGCCCAGCAUUGGGAAGCUGGGCUGGCAUCUCCAGGCUGUUUAGAUGCUGAUUGGUUGAACCUUCCACCCAUAACAUCCCCUGUUAAAGUCCUUUUUACAGUUCUCCGAUUUUUUCGCUGGGCUCACGUCGCAGUCAUUUCAGCUCCAACUGAUCUCUGGGAAAGCACUGGAGAAGAAGUGGCCUCUGCACUCAGGGCUAUGGGCCUGCCAAUUGCUCCUGUGGUUACAAUGGAAACAAAUAACAGGGAAGGGGCUCGGAAGGCACUGAACGUGAUCAGGCAUGCCAACAAGGCCAAAGUGGUCAUCAUGUGUAUGAGCUCCAUCCUGAUUGGUGGAGAAACCCAGAAAGAACUCUUGUUGGCUGCUCUAGACAUGAGGAUGGUCGCUGAUGGCUACAUCUUUAUUCCCUAUGAUGCCCUUCUAUAUGCCAUGCCUUACCAGGAUAUAACCUUCCCCCUGCUGACCAACAAUACACGGCUUCGUCAUGCCUACGGCGCUGUCCUGACAGUUACCAUGGCCUCUGACCAGAGCUUUUACGAAAGUUUUCGGCAGGCUCAGAUGACCCGGGAGAUCCGUUCUGCCAUCACUGCCACAGAGGUAUCCCCACUAUUUGGAACCAUCUUUAAUAUGGUUUACUAUGUUGCUAUGGCUGUGGAAGAGCGCCGCCAAGCAGGCGGUGGGCACUGGGUGACAGGAAAUCAGCUCUUCAACUCAGAUGGAGGCUUUGACUUCAAGGGCUUCAACCAGGUGUUAUAUGGUGGUAAAGGUGGAGCUGGCCUUCAGGCCAGGUAUGUGGUGUUGGAUAGUGAUGGUGAUCGGCUUGUGCCCACGCAUUCACUUGGACCGAAACACAUCGAUGGAAUGGUUGGGGGUCUGACAUCUCUGAGCAGGUCGUUCUUCUUUCCAGGAGGAAAACCUCCCAAAUCCCAUUUUUGUUGGUUCAAUCCAGACGAAGCUUGCAGUGCAGGUGUGGAUGCAGUGACAACGUUUUUCAUCUUCCUUCUGCUUUGUGGACUGACAGCAGCUUUUUACUUUUGGAUCAGGAAGUACAAGAAAUCAACAAACUUUACUAAAUUGAUCCUGACCAUGGAUGACAUCGUUUUUAUUGACACUCAAGUUAGUAAGAAGAAGCUAAACGACGAGUCAAUCAUGAGGAGUCUUUUGGAAAUUAAAACUCCACUUCGUUCAAUUGCCAGAAGUUACAUCCUGACAACGCCUGAGAGUUCUAACAUUGGGAUAUUGGAGGGAGACUGGGUUUGGCUGAAAAAAGUUCCUUUUGGAAAGACAACAGCUGUCAACCAAAAUACCCAGAAUCUGUUCAGCCAGCUGCGUGAAAUGCGUCAUGAGAAUCUGAAUCUAUACGUGGGUUUGUUUGUGGAUUCAGGGAUUCUUGCUCUAGUGGUUGAGCACUGUCCACGGGGAAGUCUGGCAGACCUGCUGGCCGACAGUGAUGUGAGGCUGGACUGGAUGUUCAAAUCUUCAUUGCUCAUGGACCUUAUUAAGGGUAUGAAGUAUCUUCAUCUGCGAGGAUUGACUCACGGUCGCCUGAAAUCCACAAAUUGCUUAGUCGAUGGACGAUUUGUUUUGAAAAUCACUGACUAUGGUCUGCCCAUGAUUCUUCAGUCACAAAGUGUCACUCUUCAUGAUGAUCCACAAGAUCUUCUUUGGACGGCUCCUGAACUUCUGAGGAAUCCAGUUCAAGCAGGUUCUUUUGCUGGAGAUGUCUUCAGUUUCUCCAUCAUCGUUCAGGAAGUGAUUUCACGAACAUUGCCAUAUGCAAUGAUGGAUAUGCCCGCUCACGAGAUAUUAGAGCGUUUGAAGAAGCCCCCUCCUCUUUGCAGGCCUGUUGUUUCAGAGGAUGAAGCCCCUGUCGAGUGUAUUAAUCUGAUGAAUGAAUGUUGGAGCGAAGAUCCGACCCAGCGACCUAGCUUUCAUGAAAUCUUUAAACAGUUCCGAGGCAUCAGCAGAGGGAGGAGGGCAAACAUUAUUGACUCCAUGUUACGGAUGUUGGAGCAGUACAGCUCCAACCUUGAGGAUCUUAUCAGGGAACGAACGGAUGAACUCGAGGUUGAGAGAAACAAGACGGAGAAAUUAGUUGGACAGCUCCUGCCAAAGUCUGUGGCUCAGGCCUUGAAAAAGGGAAAGCCUGUCCAACCUGAACACUAUUCAGACUGCACGCUUUACUUCAGCGACAUCGUUGGAUUUACAACCAUCUCAGCUCUAAGUGAACCCAUUGAGGUGGUCGACUUGCUCAAUGACCUUUACACCAUGUUUGACGCCAUAAUUGCGACUCAUGAUGUCUACAAGGUGGAAACCAUUGGGGAUGCCUAUAUGGUGGCUUCAGGGGUUCCCAACAGGAAUGGGAAUCGACACGCAGCUGAAGUGUCAAACAUGUCUCUGGACAUUCUGCAUUCAAUAGGAGCAUUUAAGAUCAAACACAUGCCUGAAAUCAAAGUGAAAAUACGCAUUGGACUACACUCAGGCCCAGUGGUUGCAGGCGUGGUUGGACUCACCAUGCCAAGGUAUUGUCUGUUUGGAGAUACGGUGACCACAGCGUCCAUCAUGGAAUCCAGCGGGCUGCCUUACAGGAUCCACAUUAGUCUGAGCACUGUCAAGGUUCUGACCAGUCUGAAAGUGGGAUAUCACAUUGACACCAGAAAGGCACAGGUAAAGGGCACAGAGGACACAUAUUGGCUGAUGGGUCGAGAUGGCUUCGAUAAACCUCUUCCUGUUCCUCCUGAUCUUGCUGGAGGGUCCAGUAACCACGGCAUAUGUCUUGAUGAGAUUCCUGUUGAGAGACGGCAAAAGUUCCUUGACAGACAGAAGAAAGCGAAAAAAUAGACCAAUUUAGUGCAAGUUUUACUCUGAAAUUGGAAACUUGUUCAUCUAGAG